AUGAAUAACAAUACAUUAGGUAAAUCAAGAAGAUUGUAAAGUGCUUAUGAUUCUAAUUCAUAAUUAAGAACCAUUCUAUUAGCUUCAUUAGCAAAAUUACAGUAACUAUAAUAAUGUUGUAUUUUAGUUCUCAGAGUACAGCUUAGACUGGUUAUUGUGAAUUAAGGUCUUUAAUAGCAUAAUUACAAUAAAAUUAAUUUGUGAUAUUGACUAAUUUACUUGAUUCUAAUGAUAUUUCUAAAUAGGCAAAAAAAGAUUAUAUCAAAGUAUUUGGUGUUUUAGCAGAGAUAAGAGGUAGUGACAUUUAAGAGUAACUACCAAGGAUUAUAUAAAUAAUAAAUAAAAGAAUAUAAGAGGGUAAAAUUAAGUUGAUUUUUUAAGGUGAUUCCACAUUUAUUUAAGUGAUUUCAGAUACUUUUGCAAAUAUCAACGAAUUUACUAUCUAAACAUCGUCAAAUAAAUAUGAUUUAUUUUAAUAGAUUACAGAAAUACUCUAAUCUAAUUUUGUACAUAAUAAUAGAGUUGCUCAAUAAAUAAGUGCCCAAUCUUUAUGUAGGAUUAUUUAAACAACAGAUACUUAAUUAAUGGAGACUGUUUUUAAAUCGUACACACAAAGAACUUUAGAAAUUUUAAAGUAAGCCUUAUAAAUCAAUUUAUUAUUAGAUCUCCACACUGUAAAACUUAACAAGGAUUAUUAGAGAGCUUACUAAGUCUCAUUUUAACAGUAGAAGCAAUUUUUGAACCAUGUUUAGAGGAAUGCAUACAUACAAUUAAAAAUUGUUUGCAUUCUGAAGAAUGGAACUCUCGGUAUUAUUUAUUAUUUAAGUUAUUUCUAGUAAAUUUGCUUUAGAUAUAAUAUAUUCAUUAAGUGUGAUAUUUCCUUAAUAUUUUAGAGUAAAUGAGCAUUUGAUUAAUAAAAUAGGAGAAUUAAGAUUUGAUAAGAUAAAGCAUGUAAGGGAUGCAGCUUUAGUAGCAAUAUAAUCUCUUAAGGAUUCUCGAUCCUUAUAAUAAUAAUCAGCUAGAGAACAUAAAUCUGUUUUUAAAUCUAAUGCCAAUAAAGGAUUUUUUGAGAGAAAUUCAGAUAUUCAAAUUAUUGAGAAUAGACCAAGAGAUGAAGAACUUUCUAAAUAGAAAUAGAAUUUAGCAGAUAUACUUGUUAAGAAUGAAACACAUUCAUUUACCCUUCCUAAUUAAUAGAUUGGAACUGAUAAAAGAGCAUCACCUAUAUAAAUGUUAACUGAUUCUAAUAUUAAUAAUUCUCCCUAAUGUUCUCCAUUUAUCUAAGCAGUUUAACCUAAUUACAAUUUUAGUAUUUCUGGAUCUAGUAAUUAAAAAGACAGGAAAUUCAUCAAUUAAAGUUAGGAGAUCCCCAAAUCCUAAAUUUAAGUUGCUACUCCUCCUUAAAAGUAAUCUUAAGAUAAAUAGGAUCUUUUAAAAUUAUAUGAUUCAGCAAAAGCAAAAUAAAAUGCUAUUUUUGAAUAAAUUCUAAAUUAAAAAUUGUAAAUUUCAGAAUAAAAUACACGCUCAGAAAUGAAUUAAUUAAACAGAAGAAUAGAUAAAAUAGAAUAUCUUUUAGAAAGAAUGUCAGAAACUGUAGAAAAAAAACUAAAUUUAUAAUAGAAUUCAUAAUUAUAAUAAAUUUAAUCUCAAAAAUAAAAAGUAGGUCCUGUUGAACCUUUAUAAAGUUAAUUAGUUCCUUGCUAAAUAAAUUAAAAUUUAUAAUCUCAGAUUCCUUAAAAUUAAAAUAUAUUCGAUUCUUUAACUGAACCUCCUUAAAAAACUAAUACAAAAAUUUAAGAUAUUUUUUUUAUAGCUUAAAAAUCUUAAUUAAACACUGAAUCAAAGCUUUAAGAAUCUAAUUUUGAAUUAAAUUCAGGAAAAAUAAGUGAUGUAGAAGGAAAAUUUAGAGAGAAUCAAUAAAGAUCAACCUCUGAAGCUUCUCCUAUAAGACAUAAGGAUUAAUCCAUGUUAUUAUCUGAUGGUAAAUAGACAUAAUAAUAAAUAUCCUCUCCAAUAAUUCAAAAUCCUAAAGUUUGUGAAUAAUAAAAAAUAAUGAAAAGAGUAGAGGAAUAAAUUGAUGUAAAUUUAUAUUUGAUUAUUAGAAAAAUAAUAUUAAUGAAGCUUAUAGUACAGCAUUAACAUCAUUAGAUGAUUAAAUAAUUAUUUCAACAAUGAUGAAAACUGGACCUUGUGCUGAACGAUUAGAUUCUACAUAAGUUGAAUACUUAUUACAUAAAUUAAGAACACUAGAUUGGAUUGAAAAUGCACUUUAACAUCAUCUAGCAAAAAUGCCAGCAAUUUUAUUAAAAUCAAUAUCAACUUAAUUAAAUAAUGUUUAAUAAACUGAACAAGUUAAAAGAAUUUAAGAAAUGAUUGAAAAGAAGAAAUUGUAAUAAUAAGAAUGA